UCGGGCGCGACCGGGCGGAACGGUCAGUAUCCCGUCCAUCACUCGCCCGCUCACCUCUCUCAGCUGACAGGAGAUUGUUGCAGGCGGACACACGAAAGCAGCGUCGUAUACCACCUUUCUACACCACGCGUAUGAGCACGGGGCUGAAAUGGCGGCCAAGAUCGCCCGUCUCGAACUCGCUAACAUCCGCGCCGUGCACGCCUUUGCUCGCGAGCACGGUAUCGAUUGCGACAGCCAUCCCUGCAGCACGACGGAUGUGAUUUAUGACGCGGAGAAUUGGGUAUUGGCGCAGAAAGCUGUCCGCGCCUUGCAGGACGCCAUGCCCGGGGACGACGCCGCUGUUUACACGCUCCACGACCCCGAUGAAGUCCGCAGCAAGUUCUUCUGCGGUAAGGGUGGUGACGAGGGUGUUUUCGGUGGCAUUUCGUACGAAGCAGGCAGUAUCAACGCGUAUAAGUUCACCAUUGGCGUUCUAAAGUUUUGUAUAAAGGAAGGGUUGAAUUUGCAGACGAAUACGCCCGUUACGAGUGUGGACAGAUUACCCGAGGGCGGGUACAAGGUGGAAACUCCUAGGGGCACUGUUACAGCUAGGAGGGUGAUCAUGGCUACGAAUGGAUAUACGGCGCACCUGUUGAAGAGAUUCCAGGGCCACAUAGUACCAUUACGCGGACAUGUCACGGCACAGCGACCUGGGCUUAAUAUGCCGCAAGGUGGGCUAGAAAACACAUACACGUUCUCCUAUGGAAAGGGUUACGACUACAUGAUUCCACGACCCCCAGGUUCAAAAUUCGAAGGAGACAUCGUGAUCGGGGGUCGUUUGAGUAGCGCCGCAUCAGAUGGUUUAUAUGAAUACGGCACGACAGAUGACUCGGCUGAGGAUGAGGACACGAUGCGAGAUCUCAUUAACACGCUCCCUCAAUACUUCGGGGAUAACUGGGGCACCGAUCACCCCGACGGUCGUAUCCGUAUGAAGUGGACGGGAAUUAUGGGAUACGGUCCCGACGGGCUCCCUUUCGUGGGGGAGAUGCCGGGAGAGAAGGACCUCUGGGUAUCUGCUGGCUUCCAGGGUCAUGGAAUGGUCUUAUGCUGGAUGUCCGCGAGAGGUCUCGUGGAGAUGAUGGAAGGUCGCGAUGGAGAGGAGCUCCGUGGAUGGUUCCCGGACGCCUUUAGGAUUCAUGAGUCGCGAUUUGGAUUGACCUUUAAAGAUCGCAUGCACACUCACGGUGAUCCAUCUGCAUAGGAACUUGGGUGCUAGCGAAAGCAUUGUGUUUCGGUCGCGACGAGUAUAGAACCAAAUAUAAUAGAUUGGAAUCUUGUCUUUUCGCAAAUGCGACAGCGGUGGAUGCAAGAACUCCCUCUCACCCCUGUCCC